AUUACGCGGGAAAGCGGCGUUCGGGGGUUCAACGAUUUGGGUGCUCAUCCUCUGCCUCUGCCUCGUCCGUCUCGACCCGAGCUAUGGAAGAAAACGUCGCCUACUCCCCGAGCUUUAAGAGACCCCCCGGCACUCUGAAGUUGAAGAGGAGGCUGAGUGGAGUGGCCUCCAGACAAAGUCUCUCGUCCAGUGGCUCUCCAGCCUCGUCCUCCUCCUCCUCGGUCCCCACUUCAUCACGCAGCCCGGCCGCUCCAUCCGCCAAGAGGCGGAAUCCCUUCGCCAGCCUCAACAACAACAACAACGCGCUCGGCCGUGGCUUGGAGCCGGCAAACAAGCGGGCUGCCCUGGCCGGUGACGGCGGUGGGGUCGCUGGGGACGAGGAGCUUCGUAAGGAGCCGAGUGGGGACGACGCGGGGGCGACUCGUGGUGGGGACGAGCGCGCAGCUCCGCGUGGAACUCCUCCGUCGUCGAGGGCGGCUGGAGGAGAAAGGCUCUUGGACGUUCUGAAAGGGCUCAGCGCUGGACAGCAACAACAGCAACAGAAGGCGGAGCCUGGAGAUGGAUCCCCGCUGGAGCAAGGCAAUGUAACAUCACAAGUAGAACAGGACGAGGCAGAGCAGACCCGUGGGUGCGAGUCGGGAGAGCGUUUGCCACCGGACUGGAGCAUCAAAACGAGGAUUCUGUUCACCUCGAGCCUGCCUUUCUCCUGGGUGGAGCACUUCAAGGCCGUUGAGGAGGCCCAAGGCUUGGCUUUUCACCAGCCCAACCCGGCCGCCCAACUCCCACAACACAUCGAGGAUCCAGCAAGGAGCAGCGCACUACGCAGCGCCUUUCUGCGCAGCACCUCGCACUGGGUAUGGCCGUCCUUCCCUUGGCUGCCCACGUUCCCCAGGAUGGGCAACGAUCGUCACAUGGCCGGGAAGAGCGCGCCUUGGGCCAGCGAUACGGGAUUGCAGUCCGUGCUGCUGUCCGAGUGGUCCCGCAGCCUCAGCUCCCUGUACACGCAGCUGCGCUCCGGCCUCUGCCCGUUCUUCUACGUUUGCGCCGCACAAUUCUCGGUGCUGUUCCGCGCCGCCGGGCUGGCAGGGAGCGACGUGGUCACCGCCGCCAUGGCCCCCACCACCCGGGGCCUCCGCGAAGCCAUGAAGAGAGAAGGGAUUGAGUUCUGCAUGCCACUGGUGGAAGAGAUGCCAGAGAGAUGGGGAGAUGAUGGCGAGGAAAUUUGCAAGGAGGAGCAGAGCGAAGAGGACGAGCAACUGAUGGGAGGUGCCGAGUGGCUGAAGGAGAUCGGCAUCAACGAAAAAUUUCCCAAGCUCGACCCGGCACAAAUAAAGCUGCAGCGCAGUGAGGGCAUCGCCCGCCUGGAUCACAAGGCCGAGUCUCUGGUGCUCGCACGCGGCCCCGAUGCUUUUGGCCUCUUCAACUUCCUGCUGGGCAGCCGGGCGGUCGUGAACGGCUCGGGUGUCCAGACCGGGCUGCCCCCAACGCUGCUUGCACCUCUGCCCUUCCGCGGGGCAGCACUGCACACGCUCAGGAGCCGGAGCGGUGUGGUGCGCACGCAGCACGGCACGGGCCUGCGCGAGCGCUACAGCCUGGAGCUGGCGGGGCCCAUCCUCCCGCACUGCCUGCACGAGGUGUCCAUGCUACUGGGGGCCGCUCAGGGCGGUGACUUCUGCGCCACCAUAUCGACGCACGAGCCCAGCGCCGCCUUUAACUCCGCUCUUGCGCAGCCAUCGCCCUCGUCAGCUCCCAGCCAGGCUGGAGCAGAGUGCGACUUGUCGGGCUUCAAUCUGCUGCCCGCCACCUGCUCCCAGCUGCAAGUUCCGCCCUGCCUGGGCAAGCGAGCUGUCCGGGAAUUCAGUGCAGAACGUCACACCUACACGUGGAAGCUCUGAGCGCACCGCUGGCACCGGCGUUACAGAUAUAUAUACCACGUGGGAUGGUUACCUUCCUCAUGACUGCAAUGCAGGCUGCUGUACAGGCUGAACAGCCCGACUGCAGGUAGCUGCCACAUAACACGGGGUGACGGUGACAUCACGUCGGUGCUUUGCCAGGUGAAGCGCAGUUAAAGGCUACGUGCUGUGGCAAAGGCUCAAUGGAAAGAUGUUACGGCACAGCCGCUGACAUGGGUUAACAGAUUGGUGCAAUUUAUCACACCUCACAAGCACAACAAUAAAAUGACAACAGCUGCCUUUAGCCACGAGUGACGGUGAUGUCACCACAUCUCUUGUGCUGGCUACAUGCGAUUUGAAGCCACGUGAAGUGUCGAAGGCUCGCUGGAAGUUUACAGGAAAGACCCAGGAGUUAAUGGUAAACUGAGUUAACAGGUCUCGCACAGACAACACACAUAUAAUAGUGUAGAAGUUCGAACAAAUCUAACACUCGAGCAUUGCUUUGAGAGAAAUGCACAGAGUUUAAAACUACCUGAAGGGCUCACACAUUAUACAUUGUAGUACACACAUGCCCCAUUUGCACGACCACUGAGAAAUUGGCUUGUCGCCACAGUGACGCUUCUGGGCCAUUCCAGCACAGCAUGGGUCUUGUUCCCGCUCACUCAAGAGCCGAGCGGAUUCAUGCACUCGUCCCCUCCUGCCCGAAGCAAGAGCGGAUUUACAUUUUGUUUUCACUUAGAUUACUGUAAGCUUGGUGAGGUUUUACUAUCCCAAGCUGAAAACCAUUAUUUAUCAUUUUCUGCCAUUUAUAACUCAGGUACGCCAUUGGAUACUCAUCAUAUUACCCCGUCACUAUUGUUUCCAAGGGUGGCACGGAUCAAAUUGUGCAACCCUGUUAUGAGUUGGAACCGUCCAGCCCAGUUAGGGAAGAUGCGAUGCGCUGUUUGCAUGUGGGUCGAUCCCACUUUGCCGGUCUGUGAACCAGCCUGGCUCUAGUCCCAGCGGUCAUGGAAACGUGGCAACUUCGCAGUGGCCACGUGGCAUUCUCCCCCUUCAUGAUUUGAUGAAUUAUUACAAUUUGGUAUAAAUUAUUUUACCAUUAUGGUCCUUAUAGGAUCUUUCAUAACCAACGAUAUAAACGUCUACAAAUUUUAUUGAUUCUUAAACACGAUGCCAUGCGUGAUGCGUAUCGUGAGUGUAAGAACGAUGAAAUUACAUGCCUCGUGUAUACAGUGCCAGUUAUAUAACUUAUCAUCUUGUACAAACAUGUUCUUGCUGUUAUCCAAGUGAAAUGUGUGUGUAUUUUUACAGUUGAAUAUUUAUCGGCCAAACCUAUUUUAAUGUUUUAAACUAUUGGAAGUAUUAAACUUUGAUUGUACUUUUUUA